GCCCAUUGAAAAAAAAAAAUAAAAAACUUUAUUUUAAGUUGGACCUCAGCCCAUUUGUUGAGCAAGCUCUAUGUAACGGGCCUUAUACGAGUCAGUUCCCCAAAUGAGGCCCAAACCUCAAACGACGUCAUUUCAACUUUCUUCUUCUUCUCCACAUCGCCGUGCGCGCAGCCGCCCACUGCAAACCAUAUAAGACGCCGCCGAUGAAUUCCAAACUGAAGCUCCUCGAUUCAGUCACCAAAUCCCUACCUCACAAUCUUCAUCAAUGGCGGUCGAUAGCCAAAGUCCGGCUCAAAUGGGUGAGAAACCGCUCGCUCGACCACAUCAUCAACGUCCACACCGACAUCAAGGCCGCGUGCCUGAUAAAGGACGCCAUAAUCCGCUCUCCCACGGGCUACUUGACCUCGAAAUCGCUUCUCGAUUCUCAGAAGCUGCUGGGUCUCACCGUCCCGACGAUGCGCUUCAUCCGGAGGUACCCUUCGCUGUUCGAGGAGUACGCCCACCCGAAAUUCCCCUCUUUGGCCUGCUUUAGGUUGACCCAGCUGGGGAAGACGUUGCAGGAGAUGGAAAUGAGAGUGUUUGAGCAGUGUGAGGGUGAUACCGUGGAGAGGCUUUGCAGGGUUCUGAUGAUGACGACAAAUAAGAUGCUACCUCUGCAAUCUCUGCAUCAUCUGAAAUGGGACUUGGGACUGCCCGAUGAUUUCGACAGAGGCCUUACCAAAAAGUAUCCUGAUCAUUUCAGGCUGGUCAAGGGCACAAGCGGCUCGACUUGCCUGAAGCUUGUCCAAUGGCGUGAGGAAUUUUCCAUCUCCAACCUGCAGAAAAUGAAUGAGAAAAACAUUGGUGGGGACCACGAUGCCAGCAGUGACAUCAUGACCGGGUACCGUGACUUCAAGAGAGGAAAAGCCGCUCUGCAGUUCCCCAUGAGCUUCCCGAGAGGCUACGGUGCUCAAAAGAAGGUCAAGGCAUGGAUGGAUGAGUUCCAGAAGCUUCCCUACAUCUCGCCUUAUGAGGACUCGAGGGGCAUCGACCCGGAUAGCGACCUCAUGGAGAAAAGGGUCGUUGGACUUCUGCACGAGUUUCUCGGCUUGACCAUUCAUAAGAAGACGAAAAGGAAUUACUUGAGGUGCCUGAGGGAAGAAUUUAACCUCCCUCACAAGUUCACCCGGAUUUUCACGAGGUACCCUGGGAUUUUUUACCUCUCGUUGAAGUGCAAAACGACGACUGUGGCCCUAAGAGAGGGUUACCAAAGGGGAAGGCUGGUGGAUCCAGACCCUCUCGCCCGUUACAGGGAUAAACUCUACUAUGUUAUGAGGACAGGUUUGGUUUUUCGAAAUAAAGCGGCGGAUAUGAUGCCUAAUUUGAGUAAUGCGGGUGAUGAAGUGGAGGAAGAUGAGAGUGAUGAGGAAGAAAUCGAGAUGGGCGAUGAGUUCUGUGAUUCGGAGAGUGAUUAUGGUUCGGAUGAGGAUUAGCGGCGAUGAGUGUGUGUGUGGAGAUUAGGAAUGUGAUGCAUUUUUGUAUUUUGGGGAUAAAUGGUGUUGUAAGGUUUGUGUUCCUGCUAAAUUAACCUGAAAAAAUAUGUUGCCCAUUUUUUUUUCUAUUUUUUGUUGGUUCAAGGGUUACCUUCAAUACAAAUGAUUUCUCAUUAAAUUUGUACUUCUGCUCCAGAUUUGACUUUCAUA